CCAACAGUUCCCUCCCUCUUGCAGGGGAGGGAGAGAGAUAAGGUAUAGAGAGCGAGGAGCCUGAGCGGUGGCUGGCACACUACCACCAUGGGUCCCUUCGUUAGCGUGCUCCUGGCCUCUCUCCUCCUUCUACAGGGGAGCGAGGGCGUGUCGCUGUACGAGUACUACGCGCCCGGCGGAGUGGUUGAGGCGCCCCUGGUGGCACAAGGGGAAGUCUUCACUCUCAACAACAAGGAGAUCCUCAUCCUGUCCGGCGCCUUCCAUUACUUCCGCGUCCACCCCGCCUACUGGAGGGACACACUCCGCAAGCUUCGGGCCGCAGGACUCAACGCUGUCGAGACGUAUGUGUCGUGGAACCUGCACGAGCCGCGUGAGGGCGUGUACGACUUCGGGGACCUUGGAGAGAGCAUGUCCCCCUUCCUAGACGUGCGCGCCUUCGUGCAGAUGGCGCAGGAGGAGGACCUCUUCGUUAUCCUCAGGCCGGGACCCUAUAUUUGCUCCGAGUGGGACUUCGGCGGCAUGCCCAGUUACCUGCUGCGUGACCACAACAUGCAGGUGAGGACGUACUACGAGGGCUUCAGGACACCAGCGGCCAGGUUCUUCGACCACCUCCUGCCGCACCUGGUUGAUCUCCAGUUUGUUCACGGAGGCCCUAUCAUCGCUGUCCAGGUAGAGAACGAGUACGGCCACUUCGGGUAUGGCGAUGACCCACGGGACACUCUCUACCUCGAGUUCCUGAGAGACAACUUGGUCGACAACGGCUUUGGCGAGUCGCUGUUCUUCACCUCAGACACCCCUGCUCAAACCAGAGACCUCGGCUCCAUUCCAGGAGUGCUGAUGACGGCCAACUUCAACUCCAACCUGGAGGAGAACUUGUCGGUGCUGAAGGAGCUACAGCCGGACCGCCCGCUCCUGGUGACGGAGUUCUGGACUGGCUGGUUCGACCACUGGCUCUCCGGCGUCCACGCCACCUGGAGCCCCACGAAGUUCUCAGAGAUGCUGGAGGACAUCCUGCAGCACAACGCCUCCGUCAACAUGUACAUGUUCAUCGGCGGCACCAGUUUUGGCUUCAUGGCGGGCGCCAACACCCUCGACGUCUGGCCCCACUUCGCCCCCGAUGUCUCCUCCUAUGACUACGACGCAGUGCUGACAGAGGCCGGCGACUACACCGAGAAAUACUCCCUCGUCAAAGAGGUCUUGGCCAAGUUCAACCCGCUGGAGGGAAUAGUGGAUGACCCGGAACCACCGCCAGAACGCACUAAGGUGGCCUACCCUACAGCUCCGGUCACUGACGUCAUCGACCUUCCCACCCUCCUCUCACAACAUCCGAGCUUCGAGACGAGCGAGGGCCCUAUCAACAUGGAACUCCUGCCCAUCAACAACCAGAGUGGCCAGUCGUACGGCUACAUCCUUUACACUACCAACGCCUACCUCGCCGCCCCAAACGCUACCCUCAAGAUACGGGGUCACGUCAGGGACAUGGCCCAAGUGCUGGUUGAUGGAGAGGUCAUCACCAAGCCCUACUCCAACCCUCUUGACGUCAGUGCCUUUGGCUUCUGGAAUGGACUUGACAAGGAGCUGAGCCUACCUGGCGGCGACGCUGUAGCUGAGGUGUCUAUCCUGGUGGAGAACUUAGCGCGGGUCAACUACGGCCAGCCGCACAAGUACCACCAGAAGAAGGGGCUGUGGGAGGGACCUGUGCUGAUUGACGACCUCCAGAUCAACGAGUGGAUCAUGUACCCGCUCGAGUUCAAGGCUGAGCUGGUCAACAGCCUGACGGGAUGGAGUUCCUUCAGCGGGUCCCUGGAUACCCCCGCUGUGUACCGCGCCUCGGUGGACAUCUCCGAGGAGCCCCAGGACACCUGGCUGGACAUGAGUACCUGGGGCAAGGGCGUCGCCUUCGUCAAUGGCUUUAACCUGGGCCGUUACUGGAACGCCGGUCCAACCAAGACCCUGUACCUCCCUGCACCUCUGCUUCAAGAGGGCGCCAAUGAGGUGGUGGUAUUCGAGCAGUACACAGCAGCCUCUGAGAUAGUCUUCACCGACGUUCCCAUCCUCUCCUAAACACUUCCUGCUGCAUCCCUGAGAGCCUCAGACCAGUGCUUCUGACAUGCAAGAUCUUGUCAGAAAAUGCUUGGAUGUCCAUGGUGGCCGUGUUUUAAGAACAUAAGAAUAAAGGACUUUGGAGAAAGUCUGUUGGUCCAUAUGAGGCAUUUCCUAUAUAUAUCCAGCCAAAUUCAUUCAUAGAUGUUGAACCUACUAUUGAAGGAAUCCAGUGAUCCCACGUAAGUUUACAUAUUAAUAGUGCAACUUUUUAUAAUUCAAGAUUUUGUUAAUUAAUAUUUUGUAUCGACUAGAAAUCCAGUUAUUAUUGAAAUAAUUCAAGAAAUUAAACAAUUUAAAUUAUUGAUCUACAAAUAAUUGAUAAUUUGUCAAUAGAGAUCUCAGUUUCAGUGCCUUAGUCCAUCCACUUUAUCUUUAACUUUUUGGUAACUAAAUGCACAAAUUAAUGUACUGUACUAAUACUUAGAACAUACAUAGAUUAAUACUUAGUACUGUACAUACUUAGAUUAAAAUCUAAUACAGAAAUAUUUAUGACAUCAGAGGAAUAUAAAAUGUAAAAAUACUAUAGUAAAAGUCUCAUUUGCAUGAAAAUUAAUAUAUCACUGUGAAUUGAUGCCAGUUUUUAAUAUAUAAGUCUAGGAAAGUUUAAAAUUAAUAUUUCUCGAUUUAGGACUUAAAAUAUUGAAUGUAACUCAUUUUGUUAAGCUCCAGCGUGAAGUCCAUAUUAAGUCAAGCACAAGACAAAGUUAGAGAAAGUUCAGAGGUAUGCAACCAGACUAGUCCCAGAGCUGAGAGGUGUGAGCUAUAAGGAGAGGCUACCUUAAAUUUUAACAUUUCUCUUGUCUUAUCACAUAAAAUUAUGUGAACGACGACCAUAAUAAACUGAAGUGACUCAA